AUGCUCACUGUCUCACCCACCGGUGGUCACGUGAGUCGUGGGGCACAUGCUUUCCUCCAGCGCCAGGCCUUCAUCAGGUCGCCGAGACCUCAGGCUGCGUAUGUGAAUGGUGGCCUUCCAGCCACGCAGCACAUCAAGCAGGAGUCCCUGCCUGACUACCAGGCCAUGACAGAAGCUCGCGCACCACUGUCCGCUCACUGCCGGGCCCCGCCAGCCACUGGCCUGCACACAGACCUGGACCUGCCGGGCCGAGGCCUCGCUAACCCCGCACCUUCCUGUUACCUUCUGGGCAGCGAUCCCAGCUCUGGCCUGGGCCCCCCGCCUGAGGCCCACCUCCCUGAGAGCAGCCUAAAGCGCUGCUGCCUCCUGGGCUUGCCCCCCGCCUCCUCGGCCUCCUCCUCACCCUGCGCCUCAUCCGAUGUCCCCUCCAUCAUCUGCUCUUCCCAGACUGCUCUGGUCACCUGCGUCAAUGGACUCCGGAGCCCCCCUCUGCCAGGAGACCUGGGGGGGCCUCCCAAGCGGGCCCGGCCUGGCCCUGCGACCACGGAGAGCCACGAGGGCGGUUUGCAGCUUGAAGCCUGCCGGAAGGCGGGCUUCCUGAAGCAGGAGCCUGCGGACGAUUGCCGCCUGGCUCGGGCCUUGGAGGCCCUGGGGCUGGGCGUGGUGGGGAGGGAUGUGGCCGGCCGGCAGGCGUGCCGGUGGGUGGACUGCUGUGCGGCCUACGAGCAGCAGGAGGAGCUGGUGCGGCACAUCGAGAAGAGCCACAUCGACCAGCGCAAGGGUGAGGACUUCACCUGCUUCUGGGCGGGCUGCGUGCGCCGCUACAAGCCCUUCAACGCCCGCUACAAGCUGCUCAUUCACAUGAGGGUGCACUCGGGUGAGAAGCCCAACAAGUGCAUGUUUGAAGGCUGCAGCAAGGCCUUCUCGCGGCUGGAGAACCUCAAGAUCCAUCUGCGGAGCCACACGGGCGAGAAGCCGUACCUGUGCCAGCACCCCGGCUGCCGGAAGGCCUUCAGCAACUCCAGCGACCGCGCCAAGCACCAGCGCACCCACCUGGACACGAAGCCCUAUGCCUGUCAGAUCCCUGGCUGCUCCAAGCGCUACACGGACCCCAGCUCCCUCCGCAAGCACGUGAAGGCCCAUUCAGCCAAAGAGCAGCAGGUGCGUAAGAAGCUGUACGCAGGCCCUGACACCGAGGCCGAUGUCCUGACCGAGUGUUUGGCCCUGCAGCAGCUCCAUGGGUCCACACAGCUGGCCGCCAGCGACAGGAAGGGGGGCCGCACCCUGGGCCAGGAGCUACUCCCAGGCGUGUAUCCUGGCUCCAUCACCUCGCAUAACGGACUCGCAUCAGGCAUCCUGCCCCCCGUGCAUGAGGUCCCUUCCCGGCACCGCCCACUGGACGCCAGCACCAGUUCCCAUCACCAUCUGUCCCCUCUCCCCACAGCUGAGAGCACCAGGGACGGGUUGGGACCCGGCCUCCUCUCCCCUAUGGUCAGCCCACUGAAGGGGCUCGGGCCACCACCGCUGCCACCAUCCUCUCAGAGCCAUUCUCCAGGGGGGCAGCCCUUCCCCACACUCCCCAGCAAGCCACCCUACCCGCCUUUCCAGAGCCCUCCACCCCCACCUCUGCCCAGUCCACAAGGGUACCAGGGCACUUUCCACUCCGUCCAAAAUUGCUUCCCCUAUGGCGACUGCUACCGGACGGCUGAGCCAACAGCCAGUGGGGAUGGUCUGGCCGGGGAAGCCCACGGUUUCAACCCCCUGCGGCCCAAUGGCUACCACAGCCUCAGUGCACCUUUACCUGCCACCGGCUACGAGGCCCUGGCCGAAGCCCCAUGCCCCACAGCGCUGCCACCACAGCCGUCCGAAGACAUGGUGUCCAGCGGCCCCGAGGACAGCAACUUCUUCCCCAACGGGGCCUUUGACCACUGCCUGAGUCACAUCCCGUCCAUCUACACAGACGCCUGAAGGAAGGCCCUGCCCGCCCCUGCCCCCCACCGCAGACACUCCCUUGCCCGCUGGCUGUCUGUCUCCCCCUCUGCGCACCCAGCCUGAGCCACCAGGCCGCAGCUCCCCACAAGCUCAGGGUGCCAGGUCUGCGGCAGCUGCCCUGCGCGGGCCAGGAACGCUCGCCUGAGCCCGAGCUGGGUGCUCAGAGGGGCCUGUCAGGAUCCGUGACCUGCGACGUUCCCUGGACUGUGUUUUCCUUUUCUCUCCCCAAUGGUUUUGAAAUCACAGACCUCGUGUAUAUAAAAUGUACAGAACGUGU